AUGUGCCAAAGGGUGGAAGAUCAGUUGGAGGCUUGCGAUAAGUGGAAUUUAUCGAUCAGUGUGGCGAAGAGUUUCUGGGGCAUGGAUAAGGUAGGAUAUCUGGGAAACCGAAUGUCGAUCGCAGGUCUGGAGGCAAACGAUCUGAAAUCCCUGACCGAUUUAUCAUUCCCCGGAUCACUACGAUCUAUGCACCGAUUCGUUGAAGACUACGCUAUCUACGCUUCGGUGCUCUAUGAAUUGUGCGAGGUGGAGUUUGCAGAACAGGAGAAACGAUCGGAUCUGAGGAAGAUCAUGGACCAGAACGACCCGCUUGCUCGAGAUCACGGUCCACCGGAACUGCAGUUGGCCGAAUCAGUAGACGAGAGGUGGGUCAGAGCGCAUAGGGCCUUUACCACUCUGAAAACCAAGAUCGCGACUACCCCAAUUCUCUGCCACUUCGACGAGACAAGAACGCCGGUAGUUAUCGUAUAUGCUAGUGAUCGGGCGAUAUCGUCUUCGUUGACGCAAGAACACGACGAAAUACAGGGCACCAGAUCCGGGCACGCGCACCAGUUGUGGCGAGGUCGGUGA